AUGGCGAGCGCUAUUGAAGCCGAGGCCGAGGCGCCUCACAACAUGUUUGACACCAUUCUCGUUCUCGACUUUGGUUCCCAAACUAGCCAUCUCAUCCUCCGUCGUCUGAGAUCCCUCAAGGUCUACGCUGAGAUGCUGCCUUGCACAACCAAGCUGGCGGAUCUUCCUUUCAAGCCCAAGGGUAUCGUGUUGUCCGGCGGUCCCUCGUCUGUCUACGACCAAGACUCUCCUCACGUCGACCCCGCGAUCUUUGAUCUCGGUGUUCCCAUUCUGGGUAUCUGCUACGGUUGCCAGGAACUUGCCUGGAGAAUCAACUCCAAGAACGUAGCUCGCGGUGAAGCCCGAGAGUACGGUCAUGCCGAUGUCACUAUCCUCAACUCCGGCAACUCCCACACUGACCGCCUCUUCGCUGGUCUGGGAGAGACAAUGCAAGCAUACAUGAGUCACUUUGACAAGUUGGUGGCCCUUCCCGAAGGAUUCACCGUCGUUGCGAGCACUGCGAACUCUGAGUAUGCCGGAAUCGCCCACCAGACCAAGCCAAUUUACGGCGUUCAAUUCCACCCUGAGCUGGAGCACCACGAGGACGUCUUCCUUGUCGAGUGCGGCGAUCUUAUACCGGCCAUCGGCAAGGCGCCUAUUACACCUCGCGGUACUGAGAUCCUGAAGAACUUUGCCGUCGAUAUCAGCGGUGCCAGACCCAACUGGGUUAUGGAGGACUUCAUCCAGAAGGAGAUCAUCCGCAUUAGACACCUUGUCGGCGACAAGGCACAGGUCAUCGGCGCCGUCUCUGGAGGUGUCGACUCCACUGUCGCAGCCAAGCUGAUGAAGGAAGCUAUUGGCGACCGCUUCCACGCUAUCCUCGUCGACAACGGCGUCAUGCGUCUCAACGAGUGCGAGCAAGUUAAGGAGACUCUCGAGAAGCACCUUGGAAUCAACCUCACCGUCGCCGACGGAGCUGACCUGUUCCUUGGUCGCCUGAAGGGCGUCACCGAGCCCGAGAAGAAGCGCAAGAUCAUCGGCGCAACCUUCAUUGACCUUUUCGAGAAGGAGGCACUGAGACUGGAGAAGGAGGCCGAGAACACCGAGAAUGCCGGACCCAUCACUUGGUUCCUCCAGGGUACACUCUACCCCGAUCUUAUCGAGUCCCUCUCCUUCAAGGGACCCAGUGCGACUAUCAAAUCUCACCACAACACCGGUGGACUUCCCGAGAAGAUGAAGCUCAAACUCAUCGAGCCCCUCAGAGAAUUGUUCAAGGAUGAGGUUAGAGAGUUCGGCAGACAACUGGGCAUCCACCAGGAUCUUGUCAUGCGUCACCCGUUCCCCGGCCCCGGUUCUAACACCAGUGAGAUUGCUAUCCGCAUUAUUGGAGAGGUAACGCCCGAGAGAGUCGCCAUUGCCCGUGCUGCCGACAACAUCUUCAUUUCCAUGAUCAAGGAAGCCGGAAUCUACAAUGAGAUGUCUCAAGCGUAUGCUGCUGUGGAUUCCAACAAGGCUGUUGGAGUUCAAGGUGAUGCCAGAGUUUACGGCUACAUUAUCAUUCUCCGCGCCGUCAAGACCCUGGACUUCAUGUCCGCAGAGCCUUAUGAGUUCGACUUCAACCUUCUUAAGAGAAUCUCGACCCGUAUCAUCAACGAGGUUGACGGCGUCGCCCGCUGCACAUACGACAUCACGUCGAAGCCCCCCGGAACGAUCGAAAUGGGUUCGUAG